UUGGCAGUCAGGUGUUGUGAGCCUCGGCGAGACGCAAAGUGUAUUUUGGUCUGUUAUUGUGGCCGGAGUGCCUAAUAGAGCCGGCGCGGGCUGAAGGGUUCACUUUAUCUUGUCAUAAAAUGGAGACGAGACAUCGCGUAACUAAAUCAUCUCGCAAAGAGCCCAAUAGUGUUUCUGAGAAAGUGGAUUGUACUCAACCGGAUGGUAGUCGGGCUAAUGCUUCCACGCUGGAACCGCUUACGUGGACACCUGCGACAUUUACAGCAUUCAAGGUGCUACUUUCUGCUAGACUAUGCGCGGCUGUUUGGAGCAACAUACAGGACUGCGACGAGACGUAUAACUAUUGGGAACCGACUCACUAUCUCAUGUACGGCCGCGGAAUGCAGACAUGGGAGUACAGUCCGUUAUAUGCCAUUCGAUCAUACGCAUACCUCUGGCUAUAUGCUCUGCCCGGCUUCGCGUACAGCAGCCUGUUACAAGACCAGCGAACCCUGGUGUUCUAUUUUAUGCGCUGUGUAAUCGGCGCCGUCGAAGCAAUCUGUGAGGCGUACUUUUAUAAGGCGAUUCGACACAAAUUCGGCAAACACAUCGCGAAGAUUUACUUCUUGAUGACGAUCUUCGCCACGGGCAUGUUCAUUUCAUCGGCGGCGUUUUUGCCUUCGAGUUUCGGCAUGAAGCUUCUCAUGCUUUCAUACGGAGCCUGGUGGAAUGAUAACUGUUUCUUCGCACUAUUUUCAGCUGUACUAAGUGCGCUUGUAGGGUGGCCAUUCACGGGUAUUUUAGUUGUGCCGAUCUUCAUCGACGCGCUAUUGAAGGGUAGGAAAUAUGUAAUCAAUUUUAUCCAAUAUGGGCUUCUCUCCUCCGCAGUCAUAAUGCCAAUCGUCAUCACAGUGGAUAGUAUAUAUUUUGGCAAAUUGGUCUUUGCCGCGAAAAACAUUGUCCUGUAUAACGUGUUUAGCCCGCACGGACCGAAUCUGUACGGCGUUGAGCCAUUUGAUUUUUACAUUCGAAAUGGCAUUAUCAACUUUAAUUAUGCGUUUCUAAUGGCGUUGGCUGCCAUUCCUCUACUAGCUAUUACUAAAUACUUCCGAAUACCGACAGAACGUCUCGAGUACACAUCGUUGUUAGGCAUGUAUAUCUGGUUUAUUAUCUUUUUUAGCCAGCCGCACAAGGAAGAACGUUUCCUCUAUCCGGUCUACCCUCUGGUUCUGCUGAAUGCGUCUGUCUGUUCUGAUCUCCUGCAACGCUGGCUACAUCAUCUCUUCUACCAACGCACAUGCAGACACCACCUCGAUCUGAAUGAUGCUUGGUGGCUUCUCCCCGUUAUGUUUUCGUGCUUCCUCGGGAUGAGUCGUUGCAUUCUACUGUACAAAGCGUACAGUGCCCCUAUGACCGUGUCAAUGGAAUUGGCCCGUAUUGCCAAUCGUGACGGACUGAGUGACCGGCCACUGCCCUCUCAUCCUGUCUACCUUUGCGUGGGCAAAGAAUGGCACCGAUUUCCAGCGUCCUAUUUUUUGCCUGAUCGCUGGGAGCUGCAGUUUAUCAAGUCGGAAUUCCGCGGCCAGCUACCGAAACCUUUUAGCCUUGGGGUCAAUGCUACGAGAACAAUUCCCACGGAGAUGAACGACGCCAACCGCGAGGAGCCUUCACGCUAUCUAAGCUUAUCGAAAUGCCACUACCUCAUGGAUACCGACCGGCCGAAGGUAACCAGCCGUGAGCCAAAUUUUACCAAACAUUCAGAUUUCGAGCUGGUUUACUCGACAGAGUUCAUGGAUACGGAGAACACACCGCUGAUCGCGAGACUUGUGUACAUACCGUUCGUGUGGGAAACUCGAACGACAUUUGUCAAAUACAACCUGUUGAGGAAUAAGAAGAAUCAUAUUAGUUACGAAAAAUCACCGGUAACAGGAGGCUAUCGGCCAAAAAGGACUAGCAGCAGUAGUAGUCCUAGGGCUGAUAAUAGCCGAGAAAGGGCCUAGCUAGUCUCGAAUAAUCUGAUCAUCUACAGAAGAUGUCUGAGGCAAAAUACUGAAACUAAGGGAGACAGGAAAGAGACAUCGUAGAUAGCGCAAUAGUUUUGCUUAAUUUGGUAGGUAACUUAACUGAGAGAUAGCCUAAACGACCGGCUACUUAGAUGUGUUCCAUCAUUGUACAUUACUAAACUGGAAUACUGCACAGUGGAUAUGCCAUGUGCUGUUGAUGAAAGACUAAAGUAUGUAUAUGUAACAACGAAUAGUAUAAAUCGCGUUUCAAAUUUUAAGCUGAAACCCAUAACAAAUGACAGGGGAUAGUCAGAAAGAGUAAGAUCUGAAAAGAUCUUUGCAGCAAGUUUAAAGUAUCUAAUAAUCAGUAGGUAAAAGAAAAGCUUGUAUAAAUAGAAGAAAUACAUUUGUUGAUUUUUAUAGUGUGUACAAACUCUAAGUGAUUUUUUAAGGAUUUUUUGUCUUAUCUUAAUUAUAAUGGCAGUGUGGCCUUGAAAUCAUCGAAGUGGAUUAAUUUUCGGAUCUAAAGCAAUGAUAAAAAAUCAAUUCCGACGAUCAACCUUUUAUUAUUGUUUAAUUUUCUUUUGUAUUUAUUUAUUUGUAAUAGUAUAUUCUUGUAAACUUGAACAUUAUUGUUACUUCAUGUCUUUAAUAUAAUUUUUACAUAGCUUAAAGCUUUUUGCCAUUAGCAUCGUUCAUUUACUUACACUACCUGUGUUACUUGCUUCCUAUGCUUACUGCCGCAUAUCACAGAUUUUAUCAGCUUUCAAGUUGAAUUUAUAAUAAACGACCUUCAAUCCUUUACUAAUUAUUGACUAUGAAUUAUAACUUUGGAAGGCCGUGAGCAUCAUUACACCGUGUUGCAAUAUUUUUUCGACGGUAUUCCAAGUUGUAAGAUUUUAAUCUUUUUUCUUCCAUUUGGAGUCAUCCCUAACUUCUAACUAACGAAUGGUAAGGAUGGUAGAAUUGAUAUAUAUGAUCAGGUCUUUAAACACUAAGAUUUUUUUUUAUUAUCUCUCUUAUAUUUUCCGUAAUUAUGGUGAAGCAAUCGUGUGUCGCAGUAAAACUUCAGUCUAUUUUACGUCAACAGGUAUUAGUUGGAGUCUUCCGUUUCGCUUAUUUUCGCUUUCCCUGUUUGUCGCAACGUCAUCCACAAAUCUUAGCGAUAACACUAGCCAUUACGCUCCUACCAUGAACGCGUUGACGGGGACCAUCUGACACUACGGAGUGUAUGGAAAAAAUAGAAGCAAAGACAGGCGAAAGAAACAUGCAGACGAAUCGUGCAGCUACAAGAUAAGUGUGCAUAGCACUAGGUCCGAACGAAAUUUCAGCUCCCAGACUACUGCGAGCCUUCGCUUCUGUCACGACUCGGCGAGAUAAAGUAUAAGACCAGAUGACUUAAUUUAUAUAUAAAAUUUUAUAUAUAUUUAUAUAAAAUAAACGGUGAUAUAAUUGUAACUGCGUUAGGAACGUGGCUAGACGGAACUUCACUGCGAUGAAGCUUGCGAGGACGUUUUUGCAUUAGCUUAGAAUCAAUAUGUGCCUACUAGCUUUAGGGACAAUAUGAACAAAUCUAAUGAAUGCAAACAUGGCUGUUUAUGAAAUAUUGGUAUCGUCUUGCGCAGUGCUUCUGUAUUUCUUCAACUUAUUUAUACUUUUUAAUAUUUUGUCCGAACUAAACGGUCGAUGGCCUAACUAGUCAUUUUAAUCAAUCACAUCUCUGCGCUUACCAAAUAAAGAUAAGUAUCGUUUUACAAGUUUUUAUGAGACAAAUGGUAUUUCGCAUAAUUUGCAUUAGACAUCCAUGCAAUUGUUUGACUGGCAAGGUUUUUCGAUUCACAAACUAUAUACGUGCACUUUUAAAAGUAGUUCCUUUGCGACAACUGUAGAUCACAAUUUCGUAGAUAUCCCUUUUCGUAGGGCAUUACAUUAUAUAAUAUGGUACCUAUCUUGAAUCCGUUCUGUGUAGCCAUCUAUUCGGGUCGACCCAGCGACAGCUAUCAAAAACAUUCUAUUUAAUGGUCAAAUCAGUGUUCCAGACAUAGCACUCCAAGUACUGUUUUCACUUUUUUCGUCCAAUUCGAAAAGAAUUCCAUUCUAAAAAGCAGGUUCAACGGUAAAAUGUUAGCAUACAAAUACGAACUUCGCAAAAUAACAUUCGAGCCGGAAUACAUUUGAGUGUAGCUUUGGCUGGAUUACAAUACAAACAUAUUUGGACAGCAAAUUGACUCGGAACUGGUCAGAUAAUGCUGUUCGUCUUGUUGUGAUAUAAGAACUGUUUUUGAAUACGUACCUCGCCAUCAGUCGAUAAUAUUGCUGUUAAUUUCAUAAAUAACGAAAACACAAAUUCUAAAUAAAAAAGAAUAUACUAAAAUUAAAUGUUGAAAGUUUUACGUUCGGCAUUGCCGUCUGGCAUUCGAUCCAACAAUCGGCUUCCAACACAAAA